AUGAAGCGGGCAUACCAGCCCACGGCUAAGCGUUUGAGGAUCAGCUUCAACUACUACAGCAUCUUUGCGAAGCGCACUUACCACUUCUCAUCCACCGGGAUGUUCUCCUUCAUGUUGAUUGUCCAGAUCCUGAGCUGGGGCAUGAUCAUCGCGGCCUCUUUGCGCUACACGCUUUCCACGAGCAUGGAGGCCAACGAGGUCAUCGGACUGUCCAUGGACAACAUCUGGCGCUCCACACAGCUCUUCUACAUCUCAGCCCCUUUGUUGUUCUACUCCAUCAUCAAGGGCGAUUACAUGCGCUACCAGAUGUAUGGGGAGGACAUCAGCUACUGGGUGGGUGGUGACCGUGGUGUCAUGUCCACGAACCUCGUGAAGUACUGGACCUUGUUCCUCAUUUUGGGGGCAAUCGGUGCAUGGAUCUACUACCUAGUGGAGGGCAGGAAGCACACGGGCGUGCUGUCGGCCGUGCUGAUUGUGUCCCUUAUCGCCUUGGAUGUGCUUCACCCUUGCACGUACUUGUGGGUGGGUCGCACAAAGAUGACCGCAGAGAGAGCUUCGAAGUUGACAUGGAGUCAGGCCCUGGUCACGUCGGGAUGGUGGGAGUUGAUGAUUGGAAGGCUCAUCCUGAAUGAGACCGUCACUGGCAUCAUGAAAUGGCUUGGACCGGCAUGGUUCGUCUUGAUGCCCUUCCUGACCCUUUUCAUGCCCUACAUCGGCGUCAACCAGGCGUUCAUGAUGAUUGGCUCCACCACCAACCGAUGA